CACUGACAGAGGUCGCUUUCAGUGACAUUACACAGUUACAGUUACAGUUUCAGUUCAGUUUUCGCCUGGUGUGUUGUGUUCAGUGCUGUGUUGUGCCGUUCUUCUAAACUCAAGUGCUGGCGUAUUGGACACAUAAACAUACAUACAUACAAACAAACGCAAGUACAUUAAUAACUGUUUCUGCUCGGUUUAAUUUAGCUGCUGGUUGGUCCACAGUCGCGAGUCAGAGGCGAGUUAAGCGAGUUGUACGAGUUUGUCAGGGCGUGUGUGCGUUUCAGUAGAGAGGGCUUUGAUUUUUGGCGGCGAUUCAGUGAGUCCACAGCACAUGGCAGCGAAGCAACGCACACCACGCAGCAGCAGCAGCAGUCAGCAUUGUGUCUAAAUAAUUCCCGUUGUAAGAUUAAGUCGUUCAGUACAGUUAGCUAUUGAACGCAUGGUGAGAAGCGGGGCGCGGCGUGCGUGUGCUGGUGGUGGCUAGUGAGCUGGUUAGUUGGUUAGUUGGCGUGCUUGAGUUCAACGCACGUAGGUGUGCGUGUGGUGCAGCAGCGGCGGAUGCAGCCACAGCUUCGUUCUAGAAGCACGAAUUGUACGAAUUGCGCAGUGCGUAGCGAGCAGGCAGCGAGCGAGGCGGGGCGCUGGUGACAAGCAAAUGAGUAUUGCAAACAGUGUAAUCACAUUUAAUCCGUACAUCAACUUCAACAAGUGUUAAAGUGUGCAAGCUUUAUGGAUACUCAAUUACAGCAACAACAGCGUAAGCCCUUGGUUAUGAGUUUAUACGCUGCACUCAGUGUCGGUAGAAAAGAAAAUAACAAUUUGUAAUUUCCAAAGUGUGCUGAGACAAUCAUAAAUUUCACAAACCAAAGUGUCAACUAAAAUCUCAAGCAAAUAGAAAGCAGAAAACAGAAAACAGAAAACGUCGAGCUCGCAUUUGUUGGAAGAGGCAGCUGAAAUUUCCCUGGACGGCUUAAUGAAUCAUGGUCGAAGAGUUUCUGGAGAAAUUGCCUGAAAUCGACACACGUUACGAGGAUAUUGUACCUAUGGAACAAGUUAGCUCAAUGGUUUCAAACGGCGGCGGCAGUGUAACCAUGCAACGCGACGACGAAUACCGGAAUCGUAUCAUGAAAAAUAUGACAGCGAAGCAUUCGCGCGGAUUCCUUCAUUCCGAUGAGGAAAUUAGCGAUAAGGCAUCAACGUGUGGGAAAUUGCUGAUAUUCCUAUCUGUUGGACUUGUCAUACUCACAUUGCCGUUCAGCUUGUUCGUGUGCUUUAAGGUAGUACAGGAAUAUGAACGCGCCGUUAUAUUUCGUUUGGGCCGUCUUAUGCAGGGUGGCGCCAAGGGUCCCGGCAUCUUCUUUAUCUUGCCAUGCAUUGACUCGUAUGCCCGUGUGGACUUGCGUACACGCACCUAUGACGUGCCACCACAGGAGGUACUGACAAAGGAUAGUGUCACCGUGUCGGUGGAUGCAGUGGUUUACUAUCGCGUUUCCAAUGCGACAGUUUCUAUAGCGAACGUGGAGAACGCUCACCAUUCGACCAGACUUUUGGCGCAGACUACUCUACGAAACACAAUGGGAACUCGGCAUUUGCAUGAGAUACUCAGCGAGCGAAUGACAAUUUCCGGCACCAUGCAGGUCCAACUAGACGAAGCAACCGAUGCUUGGGGCAUCAAAGUCGAACGUGUCGAAAUCAAGGACGUGCGCUUGCCCGUACAACUACAACGUGCCAUGGCCGCAGAGGCUGAGGCAGCACGUGAAGCACGCGCCAAAGUCAUCGCCGCCGAAGGAGAACAGAAAGCCUCCAAGGCAUUGCGUGAGGCAUCCGAAGUGAUUGGCGGCUCACCAGCAGCGCUCCAAUUGCGUUACUUACAGACACUCAACACAAUAUCAGCGGAAAAGAACUCGACAAUUGUUUUCCCAUUACCCAUCGAUUUGAUAACGUAUUUCCUGAAGACGACCGAGGCGACGGCGCAGCAAAACGCCGUUGUGCCGGCGGCGGCGGCAGCGUUGGCAGCGGCAACCAGCAGCGAGCAAUCACCGCAGGCGUCGACAUCACCGCAGGCGGGCAUACAGACGGCAGCAAUGUAAAAACAAUAAAAACAACAACAACAAUAAUAAUUGUCAAAGUCAAAACACACACACAAAAACAUUUUCGCGAACACAAACAGUAUAUGCUCACACAUACAUACUCGUAUGUGUAUUUACAAUGUAAUAUGUGAGUUUGUUGUCGACGAACUUUUUUUGUGGGUAAACCGAAAAUGCCGAAAUUUAGAGUGUGGGACCGCGAAAUUGUUCAAGCUGUCCCGCAAAAAUGUCUGCAUCGUGAAAUUUUUAAGAAAUUAUUACAGUGUGUGCAAAAAGUAAGCGUUUUCUUAACUGAAUUUAGCUAAAGUAAUCGAGCAGGCAACACUGUCGUCUCACAAUUUAUUUGUUGGUUGGCAUUUAGACACUCAAGGACUCACAUAUGUAUGACCAAAAAUAAUUCGAGCAAACCUGUGAGGCGUGCCCAAUAAACGCGUACUUUUUGCGCACACUUUACACAUGUAAAAGUAAAUAAUUAGUUGUAGUUGUAACUAGAUUUAGUCGAGUUGAAAUAAUGUUGCUAAAAAUGGCGUUAAGUUUGAACGACUAGCUUAGAAUCAUAAAGUUCGUAAAAAUCUGCAAAAUAUUAAUUGCAUUCAAUAUUAUCAUUACACACUACUUAGCUGAAUUGAAACGCAGGAAUACAAGUAUUAGUGAGCUUGAAUGAAAGUUAAGCAUAAUGGAAUUAUGAAAGAAUUAUUUAAUUAUUUCUUCAAAUCACAGGCGCGCGUUUAAUUCAUCAAAAAAUCAAAAAUUCACAGAAAAAAAAAACAAAUACAAAGAUUACUUAGUAAAUGCGUACGAUUACUUAUAGAGUUGUGUGUAAAUAUAAGUCUCGAUCUCAUUUGAUUGCGUAAGAGUGCUUUGAAGAAUAGCUUAAAUAAAAAUAAAUUAAUGUGGAAAAUCACACGCACGAGCAUAGAUUUGUAAAUAUAUUUGCAUUCACCUAAUAAUUAAGGCACUUCUCUCAUUUGCGUAUAGGGCACCCGUAAUAAUAAUAUAUAGAUUGCAUAAUUCAUGCACUGGCACGAGAUAGAACCAUUUAACUAGUUUCCGAUUUUUAUUUUAAGCAAUUUUUAUAGUUUUUCGUCGAAUUAAUAAUGCUAAGAAACCAGUUGGAACGAAGGUGGUAUAGAUGAUAAGGUUAGAGUUCGAUUAUUGAAUGUACAGAAAACCAAGCUUUUACGACAUAACUGGUUAUUCCACGUCAACGAAGAUUUGGUUAUUGUAAAUGUGAAUCUCUUGCAGUAGUUUUUAGCCUAAAUAACACGUUGAUAUAUUGCCUUUUUUUGAUUUUCCAUUUGUUUUCGAUUUAUUUCGUCUCAUCUCUUUCGUCAUGUAUAUUUGACAUUAAUUUACAUUUGAUAUAUUGGAAAAAGUAUUUAAUUUUUUAUUAUCUAAUUACAAAUUAAACUCUAUAAACUAUAUAAAAAAUUAUUAAAAUUCAUUGCUUGUAACUUGAAUAAUUGGCCUACAAACUUAGUAAUCGAAAUCAAUAAAAUUCUUAAAAGAUUUAAAAUUCACAACGAAUCAAUGAAAUUGCUAUUUUGCGCUAUGAAAUAGUCGAUUUGUUAUACUAACAUACAUAUAUUGUAAUUCAUCGAUAAUAAAAUUAUUGUUAGCACAAAAUCUCACUUUUGCUUCGCACUGAAUAAUCUAAUAUUAGAGGAAAUACUCUAGAACACAGUUUAUUUGGUUGCAAAAUUAGAAUUACAAUCGUCAAGUGCAUGCUUAAAUAGUUUACAAAUAAUAUUCGUAAUUAAUAGAAAUUAGGAUGGUUAAGAAGCUCUACUUAUUGAGCUUACGAACUCCCUAACUGUAGACAAACGAAGGCUACAUUGGCGGCAGCACAUAAGGCUAAGCACAUAGCAAGGCAAGGACUCAUACGAAAUUGUUGAAACAGGCACACUGAUGGUGAAAAGUAUCGAACAAUUUCUUAGUGUUUUGCAAUGCGCUUAGUCUUAUGGUAUGCUCUCCUUUGUUGAGUGUCUAUAAGCAGAAUUGAAGGUUUAUAAACUAUUAAUUGCUAAAUAUUAUAAAUUAUAAAUAAUCAAACUAUUUGUGAUAUUGUCACUUGUAUGUGUUUCAAUGAGGCAGUGCCAAUAAAUCAAAUGAAGCCCAAAAAAAAUAAACCAUUCAAAACUACUAAUUCUCACUGAUCCGUGUAGUUCGAGUUUCCAUAAAACAAAAACUAAUAUAAGUAAGUGUAUAACUCUUGCUGAGCAAUACAGCCACACAUAAUGUUUGAGAUAGUAUAAGUUACAUUCUGUCAUAAAUAUUAUAUUUAUUGACAUAUCUCAGUAAUGCGAAAAAAUGAACUCGUUGUAUAGGGUAAACGAAAAGAGUGUGUCACUGCAUGAAAUCUUUUACAAGCUUUUAGUACAAAGUUUUAAGCUUUUGAAAGCUUACAAGCUAGGAACUUUCAUAAAAGCUCACGAAGGCGAAUAAGCAAACCAUGUAAACAUGGAUGUAACUGAGUUGAAAUGGAUUAUAUUAGAAAAUGAAAAAGCUUCUCCCGGUACAAGCAACUGUGCAUGAGUGAGGAAGUAUACUGCAAAGAUCACAGUAAGAUUGAAAUUGGAAAUACUACGAAGUUGUCAAAUACAAAUAUAAAAGCCAACAGGCUUAACAGUACUGACAUUGUAUGUAGGCUCUCAAACGAAAGCAAAGUCACAUUAAAAGCGAAAAGUCCAACAUUUCUUUCUCGAAAAAGAGUUUAUGCUUAUGUCAUCUACUUUUUCUUGUCAUAUUCAAAUAAAUACAUUGACUUAUGUAAAUAAAUAAUUAUAAUUAAGUAAUAAAUAAUUAUAAUUAAGUAAUUUAUAAAAAAAUCGCUAAAAAAUAGCUUUUCAUAAUACUUAUUAUCCCACACGAAUUCAUUAAGUAUCUAUAGAAUACGAUAGUUUUUUGGUACUUCGAUAAUUACAGUUUCAUUCAAUGCUCAGCUAAUGCAAUAUACAAUAAAGUAUACGUAUCAACAAUUUUUUUUAAAUAUCGAUAAAACUUAUUGAAAGCAACAGUUUAUUAAUAAAAGUGAGAAGUGAGUUACGACUUUCAUCAGUGAAAUACAGGUUUAAAAUACUCGAAUACUUAAGUACACACAUAAAUGACAAAUAGAAUGGACACACAAACAUUGAAACCGCAUGCAAUAACUAAAUACAUAAAUGGAAAUAAACGGCAGUGUAAUCUAAUGUAAUUGAAUACUUGUAAUGUAAUCAAAGCCAGGGAGCAAUAAUAUGUAUGUAGCUGAGGAAAUUGACAAAUAAGCCGCCUGCAUGGCGCUGGCGAAUGGGUGCGUGUGUGUGGGAGGAGCAGAAAACGGUGUAUUUAUCUAACGGUAUUUGUAGUGAAAUAACAGAAGCCAGUAGCAAGAGAAAUGAAAGAUAAUCGCACUGUAGCUUUUGUUGUGACAAUACAAAAACAAUACGACAAAAAAUUAACUUGAAAAACAACAAAAACAAUUAAACGAAAAACAAUUGAAAAGCAUAUAGCAUAGAAAUAAGCAUGUAAAAUUAACAAUAAUAAUAUACAUAUUUACAAUACAAACACAUUACAUUAAUUUCAACUACGAAUUUACAUAACUUUGUACUUAAAUACUUACAGACAUAAACAGAUAUACGAAUCUAUAAUGUAGCAUUCAACAGCAGAAAAUCAAUUAUCAAUUUUCGCAAAUAAUAUAAUAAAAUCAACUUAACUCUAGUAACCAUUGUAUUUAUAGAGAAAACAUUAAUACGGAGAGACUUCUCUACUUACACUCACUCCCACAUACAUACAUACAUACAUACAUAUGUACUUUGCAUAGUCAAGGAUUUAAUACUUGCAACUCUGUCUCUGUGUAAAGUAAAGUCUGUAGAAAAUAAUCAAAUUUUUAAAACUCACAAUUUCAAAUAUUAGCUAAGUAACUGUACUCUAAAACAAAAAGCGAAAAACGAAAACUUACACAAAACCCGCCUUUUUUGGCAUGAUAAUAAUUACUGUACAAGCAAACAUACACACAGAAACACACAAGUAAACAUUGAUGCAUAUACAUAAGUCAAGUGCUGGAGGAAUUGCGUCAAGUUCGCGCAUUGUUCAUUACAUAAUAUCAAUCGAUUAUAUAAAAAGAAAUACGAUUCAAUACUUUUACUUACCCAAAAUUACAAUAA